GACUUGGACCGACCUGGACACACUUGUUUACUUUGCUCCUAAACACAGUUGCUCAGGUGGGAGGGACACAUCACAGAUGGAAACAAGAGCCUUUCGAGAGCUGAUGAAGUCUGGGGGGCAGAUGAUACAUCUGGAAGCUUACUGAUGUGCGUGUGUGUGCCUGUGACCUCAGCGGUUUCUAGUGAGGUCUCGUGGGUGAGCACCAUGAAGGCUGACCUGUCCGGCUUUAAUAUCGAUGCCCCCCGCUGGGACCAGGGCACUUUCUUGGGAAGGGUGAAACACUUCUUCAACAUCACGGACCCCCGCACCAUCUUCCUACCGGAGCGGGAGCUGGACUGGGCCAAGGCGACGGUGGAAAAGAGCAGGAUGGGGGUCGUGCCCCCAGGCACCCAGGUGGAGCAGCUGCUGUAUGCCAAGAAGCUGUACGACUCGGCCUUCCACCCCGACACAGGGGAGAAGAUGAACGUCAUCGGGCGGAUGUCCUUCCAGGUCCCUGGUGGCAUGAUCAUCACGGGCUUCAUGCUACAGUUCUACAGGACGAUGCCGGCGGUGAUCUUCUGGCAGUGGGUGAACCAGUCCUUCAAUGCCUUAGUCAACUACACCAACAGGAAUGCUGCUUGCCCCACAUCCGUCAGGCAGAUGGCCCUUGCCUACUUUACAGCUACAACCACCGCAGUGGCCACGGCUGUGGGCAUGAACAUGUUGACCAAGAGAGCUCCACCCUUGGUGGGCCGCUGGGUGCCCUUUGCCGCCGUGGCCGCAGCCAACUGUGUCAACAUCCCCAUGAUGCGCCAGCAGGAACUCAUCCAGGGCAUCUCCGUGAAGGACAGGAGCCACAAUGAGAUCGGCCAGUCCCGGAGAGCUGCGGCAGUGGGCAUCACCCAGGUGGUUAUCUCUCGGAUCACCAUGGCAGCUCCUGGCAUGAUCUUGCUGCCAAUUGUCAUGGAGAGGCUGGAGAAGCUGCAUUUCAUGAAGAGAGUCAGGGUCCUGCACGCCCCAUUGCAGGUCAUGCUGUGCGGGUGCUUCCUCAUCUUCAUGGUGCCAGUGGCGUGUGGGCUCUUCCCACAGGAAUGUGAAUUGCCAGCUUCCUACCUCGAACCAGAGCUCCGAGACACCAUCAAGGCCAAGUACGGAGAACUCAUGCCUCACGUCUACUUUAAUAAGGGUCUCUAAGCGCCCCACCCCAGCCAGGACCAGUGGAAACCCCUGUCCACCAGCUCCGCCUUAGCCACCAUUUCUCAGGCCUGCGGCUGGGGUGGGUGGGUGGGAGGAUGCCUCACCUGGACUGUUGGACUCCUCUAGGGUGUACAGAUGAAAAGAGGGGAGCAGAGACCCAAGCCCUCGCUCUGCUUUCUCCUUAACCCUCGGCCCCUGGAGACCAGUGCUGAGGUCCUCACAGGGAGAAGUUGCUGGGCCUGGGGCAGGCAGUCAUCUGGAGAAGUCAUCUGGAGAAAUGAGGAAACCUCUAGGAUUCUGGCUGUAGCCAGGCCUGGGGAAGAGCCCUCAGGGCCUCCCUUCCUCCUCGUCCUCUCCCAAGUGAUGGGACCGCUCGCCCGGGCCAUUCCAGCCUGACUGAGGAGGCAGGGAGGACAUCCGAGUCCGCCUGGAGCCCACCGUCCUCGUGCUCCUCCCCACUGCCCAGAGCCGGAGAGCCGCCUCGGGGGAGCUGCUACGCCUGAGCCUGGCAGGCCCCCGGCAGUUCGGGGCCGCGGGUUCCAUGGUGCGCCACGCCCUGUCUGUCGGCACCGGCUGUUCCGUCUUAACAUCGUGCCUGCAUCUUUCCUUGGCGUCUUUUUCCAUCGCCGUGGAAGUUCUCUUUCUUCACCGCCUCCGGCCUCUGUUUUAAAAGAUAAACCCACUCGCCGUGAGUGACGAGGACGGAGGGAAGCGUUAAUCACACAUUUCCAUGGGGGUCAUUUCCUGGCUGCCUCCUUUCCUCAGAGAAGGACCACUGUGUCCGGAUGGGAAGGGGAAGUUUUACUUGGACACCUCUAGGAGGACGUCGGCCAGGACCAGGGAGCCUCACAGACCAGGCGCAGGGCACAGCCGCUUCCCUUCUGCUGCGGGGCCGCUGGCGCUUACCUGGGGUCGGUGUGGGUGUGUUCUGUCCGGUAGGACCUGCUGACUCUGUCCCGAGGACGUCACUGUGACCUGAAUAAAUCAUUUGAGAGAGCACGGGAGAUUGGUCCCCAGACCAAGUUAAUAAAGCCUCCGUGGGAAGCGGGAGCUGGGCUUGCCUGGUGCUGGCUCCUCAGACCCAGGCUCUCAACUCUGAGGGGAACCUGUGCCUGCCUCGAGGCUGCUGUCUGCUUCCUUGAUGAAAGCGGACGAAUCUGCCUGUCCCGGAAGCGCCAGAGGUUUCCCAGAAUGGGAGCAGGGCUCGGCGGACUGAGGCCCAGGGCCAACACCUGCUACCUGCGUUUGUCCACCUAGGAACUCAGUAUUUGCAUCCUGUUAAAAACAGACUGGGACCGUGUGGCCGAGACCCUACAUAGGUGACGUGCAAAGCCUGCGACAUUUGCUGUGUGGCCCUUUACACAAAAGGCGUGCACACGCUGCCCCUGAGCGGUGGUUUUUACAAAUGUGCAUCAGAUUCACCCCAGGACCUGUUAGAACGUGGGUCCCAGGGCCGGCCCCUGGUGUCCCUGCCAUAGGUCUUGGGGGGAGCCUGAGGAUGUGCUCUGCUACUUCCUGGUGCGGAGUUUUGUCUGCAGCCCACACUUGGGGGAAUUGUGCUCCAACGGGAAAGAGCCCCCUCCUUGAUGGCAAGAUCCUGGCUACAACUUGAUCCACCCUUCCCCCACCGAUUAAAAAAAUUGUA